AUGGUGACCCGUCGAAGCCAUAAAAAAUCACGGAACGGGUGCACAAAAUGCAAAGAGCGACAUAUCAAGUGUGAUGAAGGCGUCCCCAAAUGUGAAAACUGCGUCUCCCGGCGACUGCAAUGCUUAUACGUCCCUGUUAGACCCGGCGGGGGCGAGCCGUCGGCAGGUUACGCAGGUACAAGCCCGGAAGCCAAUCAUUCUCCCGCCCCCGCCGACUCAGAUGGGAACGGCAUGCUCCUUAAUAAAAGACUCGUGGAGACAAAAUUGCUGCACCACUACUAUACCAACACUUGCUUGACAAUAGGCACAGACGAACAUAGCCUAGCAGUGUGGCAGGUCUCGCUGCCCGAACUGGCCACCAGCAAUGAACAUGUCUUGGAAAGUUUACUGGCAUUUACGGCGCUGCAUCUCGCAUAUUUAGAACCGAAUCGACGGCUGGGCUGGACAAAUCUUGCGCUGGAAUACAGCUCAAAAGCGUACUCAGGGCUUGCGAAUAUAAUCAGUCGACUUUCGCCUUCGACGGCGCCCUCUGCGUUCGCGUGCUCGGUCUUUAUUCUUCUGUCCUCGAUGGCGCAGCAUGGAGCGCUUGGAAUCACUACGGGCCCAACAUAUCUCUCCGAGGCCCUUCGACUAAAAAAGUUAAUCCAUGGCUGUGAGGCGUUCUAUAGGGCUGUGCAAUUUUUUGGCGUUCAAGAGCGCGUCGUAUCUUACAACCCCGAGCAAAAUAAGAACCUUCAACAUGAAAAUCAAGUGCUAAGAGCCACAAUUCAUCGGUAUGCCUGA